AGCUUCCCAUUCCGGUUAAGUCUCCCCAGCUCAUUUCUGAUGCUUUGGGGGCCCUGAAAAGGGCCUUUGGGUUAGGGGUGGUGAUGCAAGAGACCAGGGAAGGCCGAGAGCCGGUGGACGCGCUCAGCCGCCGAAGCCGUAGAGCGUGCGGCCCUGGCGCUUGAGGGCGUAGACCACGUCCAUGGCCGUGACCGUCUUGCGCUUGGCGUGCUCGGUGUAGGUGACGGCGUCGCGGAUCACAUUCUCCAGGAACACUUUGAGAACACCGCGAGUCUCCUCGUAGAUGAGCCCCGAGAUGCGCUUGACGCCGCCGCGCCGAGCUAAGCGCCGGAUGGCGGGCUUCGUGAUGCCCUGGAUGUUGUCCCGCAGGACCUUGCGGUGGCGCUUAGCGCCCCCUUUUCCGAGGCCUUUGCCGCCUUUGCCACGUCCAGACAUCGUCUCCUCCCGGCUGGUCUGAAUCUCAAAUUAGAUAAGGCCGACCUCAAGAUUUUGGCAAUCCUCCGGCCUCGGUUACCCUAGUGCUGGGAUUACAGACACCUGCCAGUUCAACAACACCAAGAAAGCCAGCGAACUAUGUAAAUUAGGACUAGAAAUUUGCGUUUUUGAUUGGGACAAAUCUGGGAAGGCGGGCCCUCUGCCCGGGCGAGCUGAUUGGGAGCGGUGCCUGCCUGUCACAGGCGGCCGCGGCUGCGGAGUUUAGCGAGGUAGUUCCGGAGUGGCGCACGGCAUCCCGGAACUGAGCGGACUGGUGUUGGAGUUCCCGGCGCCGGGUCGAGCAUGUCGGGGCGAGGCAAGCAGGGCGGCAAGGUGCGCGCCAAGGCCAAGUCGCGCUCGUCGCGCGCGGGCCUGCAGUUCCCCGUGGGCCGCGUGCACCGGCUGCUGCGCAAGGGCAACUACGCGGAGCGCGUGGGCGCGGGCGCGCCGGUCUACCUGGCGGCGGUGCUGGAGUACCUGACGGCCGAGAUCCUGGAGCUGGCGGGCAACGCGGCGCGCGACAACAAGAAGACGCGCAUCAUCCCACGCCACCUGCAGCUGGCCAUCCGCAACGACGAGGAGCUCAACAAGCUGCUGGGCCGCGUGACCAUCGCUCAGGGCGGCGUCCUGCCCAACAUCCAGGCCGUGCUGCUGCCCAAGAAGACGGAGAGCCAGAAAGUGAAGAGCAAGUGAACCCGACGGGUGCAGAGCCCGCCGCAGUCCGCAGCCAAUAAAGUCGGUCAAAAGCGAGUAAUCCGGAGAGCUGUGUAGUCGCGGGACCGACGACGGGGUGCUGGGUGGGGACGCGACCCGAGCUUGAGCUAGACGCGGGCCACCCUUGAGGCCAUGUGGGAGCCAAAGGGGACCCAGGGGCUGGGUUGGGAGCCUCCCCCCACCCCUUGCAUCAUAGUAGGCAGGAGAAACGGGGAGGCUACUCUGGAAUUAACUUUGCCUAACUGCCCAGGCCUUCGCAGGAGGGAGGAGUGGUAAGAGGUGUUUCCAGCUAUGGGCAAGAAGUUGCCUCGCUGGCCAUACUUAGAAAGGUUGACUACUUGGAAAAGACACCAUAGGGACCUUGAUGGGUGCUAGUAAUUUAGUUAGGAUUGAUAGUCUUUUUAAGCUAAUAGAUAUUAUCAUGAUCUGAAUACCAGCCACCUUCACCUCACACCCUUGUGUUCAUGAGUCUUUAAAAUGAAGUAAUUUGUGCAAUACGGAAGUGAGUCAUUAAGAUUGCUCCCUGGACGGUAUUGCAUAACAGCGGGGCCCUCGGCCUUUAGUGUAUGUUUAGCAGUUUUUAACAUUUUCUCUUUCUGCUCAUGGUGGUGGCGCACACUUGCCAUGGGGAGUAGAACGUCAUUCGUGGCUGGUGAGUUUGGAGGCCAUUCCUGAGCUACGUUAGGAAUAUGUCUCAAAAUAUAUACACACAUUCCCCCCCCCCCCCAAGCUUUAGUUUCAUAACAGCCUGCUCUCCAGCAUUGUCUUUGGGAAUUGGUUUGAUUUUAUUUAGAAUUAAACCCUACUUUUAGGGAUAACUCUUAAUAACUUCCCUGGAGUCCCGUUUUUCCCACUAGCUGUAGAGUUGUGUAAUGCCCCAAUAAGGAAAGGAAAGGUCAUGUGAGGUAAGAGCAAGGAGAACACGUAGGUCCCUGGAAAUGCUGUUCUUCCCUUCUUGGCCAUUCCAUUUCAUUCUCAGUAACUGUCAUUCUGCCACAGGAUCCACAAAAACCACCCAAGGGUAGGUUUCACCCUGGGUUCAUUUUUUUCCUGGGAAUCAGAUGACAUCUUCCCCUUCAUUUGUACUGGCUGGCCCAUUUCCCCUCAUCCCCAGUGUUGAUUGGCUGUCUACACCAUGUGCUAGUAUCAAGUGGGGGUGGGGGUACAGCAGUGAAUGAGGCCAGUUAGGUUGCCACUGUCCUGAAACCCACAUUCUUUCUUUCAUGGUUCCUGCAGACAGGAAAUAGGACAAAUAAAUAAUAUAUUACAAA